AUGAUACUACGCGUCGACAACGACACCGUGGCUAUGAUACUACCCGUCGACAACGACGCCAUGACUAUGAUACUACCCGUCGACAACGACACCGUGGCUAUGAUACUACCCGUCGACCACGACAUCAUGACUAUGAUAAUACCUGUCUACAACGACACCGUGGCUAUGAUACUACCCGUCGACAACGACACCAUGACUAUGAUACUACCCGUCGACAACGACACCAUGACUAUGAUAAUACCCGUCGACAACGACACCAAGACUAUGAUAAUACCAGUCGACAAUGACACCAUGACUAUGAUGAUACCAGUCGACAAUGACAUCAUGACUAUGAUAAUACCCGUCUACAACGACACCAUGACUAUGAUAAUACCAGUCGACAAUGACACCAUGACUAUGAUACUACCCGUCGACAACGACACCAUGACUAUGAUAAUACCAGUCGACAACGACACCAUGAUUAUGAUAAAACCAGUCGACAACGACACCAUGAUUAUGAUACUACCCGUCGACAACGACACCAUGGCUAUGAUACUACCCGUCUACAACGACAUUAAGACUAUGAUAAUACCAGUCGACAAUGACACCAUGACUAUGAUAAUACCAGUCGACAAUGACACCAUAACUAUGAUAAUACCAGUCGACAACGACACCAUGACUAUGAUAAUACCAGUCGACAACGACACCAAGACUAUGAUAAUACCAGUCGACAAUGACACCAUGACUAUGAUAAUACCAGUCGACAAUGACACCAUGACUAUGAUAAUACCAGUCGACAACGACACCAUGACUAUAAUAAUACCAGUCGACAACGACACCAAGACUAUGAUACUACCCGUCGACAACGACACCAUGACUAUGAUAAUACCAGUCGACAACGACACCAUGACUAUGAUAAUACCAGUCGACAACGACACCAUGACUAUGAUACUACCCGUCGACAACGACAACAAUGGCUAUGAUAAUACCCGUCGACAACGACAUUAA